UUCCCUGUUAAAUGACCAUAACUCCAUCUCUUGGGUGAGGAUGAAUGAAACCCACACACAUAUAAUCAAGAUCAUCAAAGCAUCAAAGGAGAUUGAAGUUAUGAUAGAAGCCCAUAGAAACUCAGCGCACACCCUCUGAGAUGAUAAACGACUAGCAAGGACAGAGAGACGUGUGCCCAUGCUCAUGUGUUUCCUGAACACACAAGGAGGAUCUGAUGGGACUGUGUGCAGGACAACAGCACUAACUCGGCGACAAGGAAAUGGGCGUAUGCUGAAGUUGACCCCAACAAACAUCCUUCAAUUUACUGGUGAACAGAAAAGGGCGGAAAGCAGCAACAGACCUGGAUAAACACGUCCAUAUUUGCCUCUGCUGGAUUUGGAUCACAUUUGGUGCUGUUCAUCACCAUGGCGUCUCUUCUGCUGUUUGUCACACUGUUUCAUCUCAUCACACUGGCGGCUCUCUUCAUCGCCACCAUGGAGAAGUCCUGGUGGGUUUGGGACGGCUCAGAGCACUCGGACAUAUGGUACGACUGCAGAUUUUACAAUAAAACAGAGCCAAUGUCCUGUGAAUCAUCAAAAGAGACGGAGUGGCUGCAUGCUGUCCAGGUUCUUAUGAUCCUGUCAGUGGUUUUCUCCGCCGUCUCUUUCCUGAUCUUCCUGGGACAGCUCUUCACUAUAUCUAAAGGAGGACUCUUUUACCUCACCGGCGUCUGCCAGGCAUUUGCCGGCCUGAACGUCUUCACGGCUGUGCUCAUUUACACUCUGCACAAUAAAGAAAUCCUUCCGGUCUCGCGAGAGCUGAGCUCGGGACACUUCGGCUACUGCUUUUACUUGGCCUGGGUUUGUGUGCCUCUGCUCCUGUGCAGCGGAGCCAUGUACAUCCGUCUGCGCAAAAAGGAAUAGAAACAAGUUUCCUG